ACACACACACACACACACACACACCACACGCACAUACACAUCCCAGGGAGUGGGAGGCGGGGGAGACAAGGCCGGACGCCGCCACAGCUGCACAGGUACAGGCAGCUUCUGCUGGGAUCUGUCCAGUGCACCCUGACCCUUGAGGAGCCACGCCUGUAUACACACCAAAAUGGAUGACAAGAAGAAGAGGAGGAGCCCCAAGCCCUGCCUGGCGCAGCCUGCACCCCCUGCCAGUGCUCUGCGCAGGGUCCCAGUCCCUACCAGCCGAAGUGCCUCCUUCUCCUUGGGCCUCCCCCACCUGCCAUCCCCAAAGCAGCGCACCAAGUUUAAGAGGGUGACGAAGGAGAAGGGCCGCCCUGUGCUGGCGGGUGGAGGGAGUGCCCCAGCGGGCACCCCCUUGCAGCACUCCUUCCUGACGGAGGUGACCGGUGUCUAUGAGAUGGAGGGAGGGCUACUCAACCUACUCAAUGACUUCCAUUCUGGCCGGCUCCAGGCCUUUGGGAAGGAGUGUUCCUUUGAGCAGCUGGAGCAUGUCCGGGAGAUGCAGGAGAAGCUGGCUCGGCUGCACUUCAGCCUGGAUGUGUGUGGAGAGGAGGAGGAGGAUGACGACGAGGCUGAGGCUGAAGGGCUGCCCCAGGAACAGAAGAAAACAGUGGCUGAUCGGAACCUGGACCAGCUGCUUAGCAAUGGUCAUAGGAGUUAAGUGACUUGCUGGUACUUUAUCCACUGCGCAACCUAGCUGCCCUGCUUGGGACAGUUUUUAACCCAGUAGGAACUGAACUGGGCUAUGGGAUUUAGAGCCAGAAGGGAUCUUAGAGUACCCAAGGUCACACAGGGACAGAACCAGGAUUCCAGACCAGCUCCUCUGACUCCACCUGCCCAUGGUAGCUGGCCCUUUCCUUCCCAGCCCCCCAAAAAAGGAUUUGCUAAGCAGGCAAGUACAGUGGGUGAGAUUGGAGGGGAAGGGGCAGCUAGGUGGUGCAGUGGAUAAAGCACCGGCCCUGGAUUCAGGAGUAUCUGAGUUCAAAUUCGGCCUCAGAUACUUGACAUUUACUAGCUGCGUGACCCUGGGCAAGCCACUUAACCCCCAUAGCCCCACCAACCCCCCCUCCAAAAAAAAGGGGUUGGAGGGGACAAGGUUUAACCUAAUUAUAAAGAUGAUUUUUCAAGAACUCCAGACAGCUUAGAUCAAAGGCAGCAUGGACUUGGGGAAAGAGAGAGUAUUGUACUUUGAUUUCAGUGACAGACUUUGGUUCAAACACUGCUCGGUGUCUCCAAACCUACUUGCAGCUUAGGGAUAAAACUGGCCCCCGAUAGAAUUUAGAAUUUAGAUAGAAUUUAAAGGUUAUAGGUAAUGAAUGUCGUCAUAACCAGCAUCCUCAGAGCUGAAGGGAACAUCUAGUCCAAUCCUCAAUUGUCCGAUAAUGAAGCCGAGGGCCAGAGAGGGGAAGGGGACUCAAGGUCACACAGCAAAAGCUGGCUGUGGGGACAGAUGAGGAAGGGCGGGCCCUAGAGUGCCAUUGGCCUGAGCAGUCUGAUUCAGGUCAAGCAUGUUUUAGCUGCAAUCCUUAGCGCUUUGAAGGAAGAGGGCUCUGGUGACUAUGGGCAGAGCUGUGGGGAGUUACCAAGAAGGAGCAUGUGGGUCACCCAGGGUGGGCUGCAGUCCCAUGAUGCACAGCCCAGGCCCAGGCCACGCCAUCGGCUUCCCUUA